AUGGACCCUCUUCUCGCCGAAGCAGCCGCAGCCACGUCCAAAACUCCCACCCCGCCCAACUCGCCCCCACCAGUCCAACCAGGCCGCCUAUUUGCGAUUGGCGACAUCCACCUCUCCUUCAAGGGCAACCGCGAGGCUCUUGAGAAGCUCCUUCCACACCCAAACGAUGACCUGAUCUUGUGUGGCGACGUGGGCGAAAGUGUCGAGCACUGCCAAUUGGCUUUCACAAAGGCAAAAGAAUGCUUCCGACGCGUCUUCUGGGUCCCGGGCAACCACGAGCUCUACACGCUGCCGUCACAGAAAGAGCAUGGAGCACGAGGCGAGGCCAAGUACAUGGAGUGCGUUAGCGUCGCACGGCAACUGGGCGUCAUCACACCAGAAGAUGAAUACACGCUAUGGGAGGGCGAAGGAGGGCCAUGCUUGAUUGCGCCCAUCUUCACGCUGUAUGACUACAGCUUCCGCCCAGAUCAUGUCAAGCUGGAAGAUGCGCUCGCAUGGGCUCGCGAGCAGGACAUUGAGGCAACGGACGAGCACCUGCUGCAUCCGGAUCCGUAUGCCUCGCGCAUCGAGUGGUGCCAUGCGCUCGUCGACAAGACGGAAGAAAAGCUCGCUGCAGCCGUGGCAGGGCAUCCAGGCGUCGAGGUGGUCAUCAUAGGCCAUUGGCCGCUGCGCCAGGAUCUCGUCCUGCUGCCCAACGUGCCACGCUUCUCCCUGUGGUGCGGGACCAAGAGGACAGAAGACUGGCACAAGAGGUUCAACGCAAAAGUGGUUGUGAGUGGGCAUUUGCACAUUAGGCGCACCGACUGGGUGGAGAAGACGCGAUUUGAAGAGGUGAGCUUUGGCUACCCGCGCCAAUGGAAGGACUGUCAAGAUCGCGGGCUGGACAUGAACGACCUGCUACGAGAAAUCCUUCCUGGACCGGAGACGCCGCCUGCUGACCAACAUGGCACUAUUUUCAGACGAUAUGGAUGA